CUCGAAUCGUGUGCUUUAGUGCCAGACUUGGCUGUCCUUCCGGACAGAGAUCUGACAGAAAUCGGCGAAAAAGGUAUCAAUUUGUCCGGCGGUCAGAAACAGAGGGUUUCAAUGGCGAGGGCUGUCUAUUCCAACCGAGAUAUCUAUUUACUCGACGACCCGUUGAGCGCUGUGGACACACAUGUGGGCAAACAUUUGUUUGACAAAACUAUUGGAAGAAACGGUUUAUUGAAAGACAAAAUAAGAAUUUUGGUUACAAAUUGUGUCUCUAUUUUGCCAAAUGUGGACCAAAUUGUGGUCAUAAAGAAUGGAUACUUCUCUGAAUCGGGGACUUUUGAAGAACUGAUCUCAAAAAAUAGUUAUUUCGCUGAAUUUGUGACCGAAUACUUGAUGGAAGAGUCGGAUAAUGAACUCGAAAAUGGAGAGAAGAAAGUUAUCAAUAAAUUAAGAGAUAGAAUGAAAUUUUUAGUUAAAAAAGUUAUUAAUCUAACGAAUGGCGGAUUGAAUGGGUCCGGAGUUAGAGAUGAAUGGAAAAAUCUCAUGAAAAAAAUGUUAAAUAAUUUGAGAGAAAAACGAUUAAAUGAUAUAAAAGAAGAAAUUAUUAUUAAAAAACAAUUAUUGGUUAAAACGAGUGGAAAGUUAACCGAAACCGAGAGAUCAGAGACGAGUUCUGUUGGAUUUAAAAUAUACAGCAAAUAUAUUACCUUAAUUGGUUUCACAUUUUGUUCAGUAAUUAUUAUUUCUUCCGUCGCCUCAACAAUGGCUCAGAUAUUAUCGGGCCUUUGGCUGAGCGAGUGGUCCGAUGACUCCCUCGACGCCAAUCAAAUAAAUGACACAAAUCUUCGCUAUACUCGACUCGGAGUUUACGCCGGAAUCGGUGUCUUUGACACUGUUUUCACUUUUAUUUCUGAUAUAUUUAUCAGUUAUGGAUGUCUAAGAGCUUCGAAACACUUGCAUAACAUUAUGUUAGAUAGGAUUAUAAAAGCGCCAAUACUUUUCUUCGACACAACACCAAUCGGAAGAAUCUUGAAUCGGUUCAGUCGUGACAUGGAUUCAGUCGAUUCUUCGAAUGACAAUAUCACAAAUUUUAAAAACAUUUGUCGCCUUUUUUCUUAUUACAUUUCAAACACCGCUAAUAUUGACGGCAAUUCUUCCCCUAUAUAUAUUCGGAGCUCUCGUCAACUUAAACGCAUUGAGUCGACCACUCGUUCCCCUAUUUAUAGUCAUUUCAGUGAAACAGUUAGCGGUUCCACAAGUAUUAGAGCGUAUGGAGUGUCCGAUCAGUUCAUACAGGAGUCCAAUAGACGGGUCGAUGAAAAUCAUAUGUGUUAUUAUCCAACUUACCAAUGGUUCGCAAUUAGACUGGAAUUAUUAGGCAAUUGUAUUGUAUUUUUAACGAUAGUAUUUACUGUCUAUAAUCGUUUCAAAUUAAGUCCCGGUAUUGCGGGUCUGGCUAUUAGUUAUUCACUUAAUAUAACUCGAAGUUUGAAAUUAUUAAUGAAUUCGACGUCAAAUCUCGAAACUAAUAUCGUUUCUGUUGAGAGAUGUCUUGAAUACACGAAAACUCCAAUUGAAUCUGAAUGGUAUAAUGAGGCGACAAAACCUUCGCCCGAUUGGCCGGAAAGGGGAGAAAUAAAGUUCAGUGAAUACAGCACUAGAUAUAGAGAAGGAUUGGAUUUAGUGCUCAAAAAGAUUACAUUAGAAGUUCGGCCCAAAGAGAAGGUGGGAAUAGUCGGCAGAACGGGUGCCGGAAAGUCGUCGCUAACUCUGGCGCUGUUCCGACUCAUAGAACCGGUCGACGGAUCCAUAUUUAUAGACUCAGUGGACAUCAGAAAACUUGGUUUAUAUGACUUGAGAUCUCGGAUAACAAUUAUACCUCAAGACCCGGCGCUCUUCACCGGAACAUUACGUCUCAAUUUGGAUCCAUUCAACCAAUACUCAGACACUGAUAUCUGGAGGGCCUUAGAGUCGGCACAUCUCAAGCAAUUUGUAAACACUUUGGAGAAGGGAUUGAGUCAUCAGAUCUCUGAAGGCGGAGAAAAUCUAAGUGUUGGACAAAAACAGUUAUUUUGUUUGGCCAGAGCUUUGUUGAGGAGAACUAAGAUCUUAGUGUUAGACGAGGCGACCGCUGCGGUUGAUAUGGAAACGGAUGACUUAAUCCAAGAGACGAUUAGAAAAGAAUUACGACAAAGUGUUGUGUUGGUAAUGGAUAAGGGAAUGGUAGCCGAGUUUGAUUCACCCCAUCAUCUCUUGCAAAACACUAACUCUAUCUUCUAUUCUAUGGCCAAAGAAGCAAAUCUCGUC